UAUAUGCUGACAGAACAGGAAGGCAGUCGCACGGACCAUCCACAACUCUCUCUCUCUCUCUCUGCGCCGCCGCACGCGGCCUUCAACUGCCGCGCUCUCUCCGACCCAAGUUAGCGAACGCACUCCGACUGACCACCUACGGGCGCACAGACGACGACGCUCGGCCUCUUCGGGAUGAGCUCCUCCGAGAAUCUGUCUCCCUCGCGCUUGUCGCUCGCGCUCCUGCUUCUGCUGUCCUGCGCUUCCGCGCCGUGCGCCGUCGCGCAGACGCCCAGCGGCACGCCGACCGACAGCCAGAACCCGUACAGCUACACCCGCUUCAGCCCCUCCAUGGCGGUCAUCAUCGUCGUCCUCAUCGCCGCCCUCUUCUUCAUGGCCUUCUUCUCCAUCUACAUCCGCCACUGCGCCGACGCCAACUCCGCCAGCAUCCGCCUCGGCGUGCCGGCCGGGACUGGCCGGUCGCGCCGCGGCGGGGCCUCCCGUGGCCUCGACCCGGCCGUCAUCGAGACCUUCCCGACGCUCGUGUACUCCGACGUGAAGGGCCUCAAGAUCGGGAAGGGCGCGCUGGAGUGCGCGGUGUGCUUGAACGAGUUCGAGGACGACGAGACGCUCCGGCUGAUCCCGAAGUGCGAUCACGUGUUCCACCCGCAAUGCGUCGACGCGUGGCUGGCCUCUCACGUGACCUGCCCGGUGUGUCGCGCGAACCUGGUGCCUCAGCCCGGCGAGACUCCGUUCGAGCUCCCUGAGUUGACUCACGAGUCGGAGCACGCCGGAGAGGACGAGGAGAAUCGAAAUCGGGAUGGGGAUGGGGAUUUGGAGCGAGCGAUUGCGACGUUGGAGCGCGAAGACGAUGAAGUUGAAGUCGCCGUGGACCACCAAGCGGCUGAGCCACCACCUGAAGUGGUAGAUCUGAACAAGACGCUAAAUCGGAACCGUACACGCGGAGGGUCGCGAUCGAGCAGGAUGGCGCGGAGGCUCUUGUUCCCGAGGUCCCACUCGACCGGGCAUUCGCUGGUCCAACCGGGGGAGGACACGGAGCGGUUCACGCUCAGGUUGCCGGCCGAGGUGAGGAAGCAGAUUGUGAACCGGCAGCAGCUGAGCCGGGCGAUGAGCAUGGUGGUGUUGCCCAGGGAAGGCAGCUCGCGCAGAGGUUAUCGGGCCGGUGCCGGAGAAGGGAGCAGUAGGUUCGGCAGGUACUUCGGCGUCCAGCGGCUGGACCGGUCCGAGCGCGGAGCUAAGUCGGACCGAUGGUUCUUCGGGAGAGUCCCGCCGAUGUUCUCGAGAGCACCAUCGUUGAGGUCGCCGAGGGUGGCGGCAGCCCAUGACGACGGAGGAAGCUUGGGUUCCCAGCAGGGUGGGACGGAGGCGGCUACAUCGAACGGUGCACCGCCUCGCCCGCCGGUUUAAUUGCCGCUAAGCUCCAUUCUUUUUUCCUCCACCGUAGCUGGCAUCGUUCACGGCUUUCUCAACUUGUAAAAUGCCGAUUCUUUAGUUUUGUUUUUCUUUUUUUCCUUUUUCAUGUACUUUAGUUUCCUUUUUUUUUUUUUUGUCUCUACAUGGGGCCCGUGAGUCUGGGGCAUGGCCAACAGCCAAGUUAAUGAAAAGCAGACUGGGGUUUCUGUCAUGAGCAUGUGACAUUCGUACAGUUUGAGCUUGAGCCUAAGCUAAGCUUGAGCUAGUCUGGUUUUCGAGUAACAACCUUUUUAUGGUUUGGUUAU